UGUCAGUCGAUCAGUUUGACUAGCUAAAUUCCUAAACUCUCAAACUCCUCCUUUCUCAAGUAACUUCCCAACCUUUUUGAUUUUAGGUAGUUUAAAUUGGUAAACCUCAUAACUAUCAACUUCUCAACAUUAUAUAUACAGUAUAAUAAUAACCAUGGCAAUCAAAACCUUAUCGGCGAAGGCCGCAGCAGCUCUAGAUAAAGAGCUUAUGAGCACCGGUGCCUUUUCGCUUGAUCAGCUCAUGGAGCUUGCCGGAUUAGCAGUCUCACAAGUUGUGUACCGGGUUCACCCCCAGAGUAAAGGCAACAGAGUGCUUGUAGCUUGCGGUCCUGGUAAUAACGGUGGCGAUGGGCUCGUUGCAGCUCGUCAUCUUCGUCAUUAUGGGUAUCGGCCGGCUAUUUACUAUCCAAAACAAAGCAAAAACGAGCUCUACCAGCGACUCGCUAAACAGCUAGAAGACCUCGAGGUGCCGUUCGUGGAAGAUUUCCUAGCGGCUAUUAAAUCGACGGAUCAUAUUGUGGAUGCCGUUUUCGGGUUCAGCUUCUCGGGCGAGGUUCGCGAGCCCUUUCCUGCGGUGAUCCGUGCUUUAGAGGACACUAAGCUUCCUGUAACCUCCGUUGACGCACCAUCAUCUUGGAAUAUUGAAACUGGACCACCGGAAUCCGGCCUGGGAAGCAAGUUCAGCCCUGAUUUCUUGAUCAGCCUGACAGCUCCCAAGCCACUGGUCAAACAUUUCAAAGGACGUCAUUUUGUAGGCGGCCGCUUUGUCUCUCCGGCAAUUGCUAAGAAAUAUGAUUUUGAGGUGCCAGAGUAUCAGGGAAUUGACCAAAUUGUCGAGGUCGGUACUGGGGGGGAGAAGCUCUAAUUGCAUAGGUUCGACCGGGGGUGCUCUCCCAAACUG